GAUCAAAAUAGCUUUCACUCAGUAUAUGAUGUGAACAAAUUACAGGUAUUGCACCUCUCAGUUAACUUUUUAUCUUAGACCCUUUGUUUUGCUUCAAUUUUAGGUUCGAAUUGCUUAUUAGACAUCACUUUCUAAACAUAUAAUAUUUUGUGGUGGUAUUCUAAUAGAUUUAUCGUCAGUAAUGACGCGAGAGUGACAAAUCGAGAAUUGCGUAUGCGGUAUGCACUGUAUUGGCGGCGAGGAGGGAGGAUUGCAUCGACUGCAUAUCGAUUAUUUUGUUUUUUGCAUAUGUGUGGAGCUCCUAGGAAGGUAGUUGAAUAUGGAUCAUCAUCACCAUCAAGGAGUGAAGGGCUAUGAGAUCAAAGACCUUCUUAAUACUAGUUUAGACCUAAGCAAAUUCACUGAAGAGGAGAAAUGGAGGAUCGAGCACAUCCGUAUGCACGAGAAGCACAAGGGCCACGAGGCGAUGCACGCCGAGAUGGUGCUGGUGCUGAUCACUGCCCUGCUGCUGGGCCAGGUGGUGCUGGUGUUUUGGCGCAAACACCACCCACGCUCCUACCAGAUCGUGACGCUGAUCGGUAUGUGGGUGAUACCGUUCGUGCUCUGCAUCCGUAACCGCUGGUGGAGGUUCAUCUUCUUCUGGCUGCUCUACACCUGUAUAACGCUCAUGAUCGGCUUCAAGGCCAUGAAGAAACCGCUAGAUGGAACCACUCCUCGGCUGGUGUACAAGUGGUUCCUGCUGCUGUACAAGGUCAGCUACGGCCUGGGCAUCGUCGGCUACACCAUCAUGAUGGCCACGUUCCUCGGCUUCAACCUCAUGUUCCAUGUGAAGCCGCACGUCUGGAUGGACGUGGGCAUCAUGUUUCUGUUCUACGGCCUCUACUAUGGCGUGCUGGGCCGCGACUGCGCGGAAAUCUGCGCAGACAAGAUGGCCGCUCACAUUGGGUACUACAAGCCGGACGGUAUGCCGACACGCAGCCUGGACCCGGACGUGUGUGCCGUCUGCGGUAACAAGCUGCUGGUACUCAACAACGACCAGGCGGUGCUCGAGAAGACCUACCGCCUCACCUGUCAGCACGUCUUCCACGAGUUCUGCAUCCGGGGCUGGUGUAUCGUGGGCAAGAAGCAGAUCUGCCCCUACUGCAAGGAGAAGGUGGACCUGAAGCGGAUGCUGGCCAACCCGUGGGAGAAGCCGCACGUUCUGUACGGCCAGCUGCUCGACUGGAUCCGCUGGCUGGUGGCCUGGCAGCCCAUCAUCAUCAUGGGCGUGCAGGGCGUCAACUACCUGCUCGGGCUCGAGUGAGCCGGGCGGUGGGGGUAGGUGAUUAUACGGGGCGGCUGCAGGGUGCAGGCCCCGCUGGACUCAAAUUGGAGCCGGGUGCACGCUCUGCCUGUGGUCUACUUAGUCGUCGAGAGGCUGGAGCUUGGGUCGGGCAUUGGUCGCCAGGCGAUGGACUGUGACUGGGGCUGACCCGUUCUACGAGGCAGCCGGCUAGUGCGGCCAGUCCGUUGUGGCAGCGCCACGGUCCGAACUCUACUCUGCGCACAGUGACCUGCCGACCAUCCAAAGACCUGCUGACCUGUCCUUGACCUGGACCGGGUCAGGUCGAGACGUGCCGGUCUUUGCUGCUUCAGGAGGUAGGUCGGGACCGGGGCUGGCUCGGGGAAGGCAGCAGUAGGCAGUGAUUGCUAUCUGGUGGGGCAGAUGGAGCCACGUUUGAAGCGCUGGAUCUCGGUAGGUCGUCGAUUUCCCCAGCCCGUGUCGCCGAUCUCCGAGGAAAGACCGGGGGUGCGAGACCCAGAGGUCAGCAGCGCUUGUACUGCACGAUGUCAGUAAUAGUCGAAUGUCCAGUGUACGCGAGCUACGAAUGUUGGUAGGGACGGGGUGUAUUCCGCCGCGGCGUUUACCUAUUUAUAUUAUCGGUGCAAUGAAUGAUGGGAAUCUUUCGGGGUGUGAGUCGCAAAUAUCCCGCAAUAAAUCCCCUGGUGUGAGUGAAGUUCUAGGUAAUUUGUGAGCGAUGAGCAUCACUUGUCUUUGGGACACGUUGCUCCUCAAGGUCAUGUAAGUUAUCUCACUCCAUGGACCGUACUCAGGGUCAGUCCAUGUGCUAAUCGAUUUGGAUCCGCUAAUAAUCGGCAUGCUCUCGUGGAGCUCCCGUCGUACGCUUGGCGCACUCUGCCACCACGCACGCUCUUAUGACGGAGUUCCCACAGCCCGUCCCGCACCGAGUGAUUCCGCACGAUCGGCCUGCCGUGUCUGUCGGCCACGGUAGACCUCGAACGAAGCACAGGGCGUCUAUAUGUCACCUUAAAUGUUUGUGGGGAAUUCAUUGGUCAACCGUCGCCAUUUGUGGUCGUUUCAGUAUGUCCAGCUCGUUUCGUCUCUGAUGAGACUUUUGCUUAUUGCUGUGAUGUGGCUCCAUAUGACAAAACCGCUGUGGGAUGGUGAUCAUGAUGGCAGUAUUUAUCUUGGUUUUAAUAUGAUGCGCUUGUUACAUGAAAUUACAGCGUUGGGGGCUGGGUUCCCUUUUUAUUGGGGCGCUGAUACGUGUGAGUGUUCGUAAGUACCAUUUUUGUGUGCGUGCUGUCCUGUUCGUAAGCGACCGCUACAAAAGGGACGUAUCGCAGAGAGCAGCUUACGUUUUAAUCGUGGUCAUGAAUACCGAAUUAUUCAGUAAACAUUUCCGCGCAAUUUUGUCGGGCCGCUGAUUAAUUAAACAAUACAAGGCACUCGAACUUCG